AGGUUUAGGACCUGCUGGCAGGAUCCUGACGUCGCGGCUCGUGACACUUCUCCUUAGAAAAGGGACACAAACCUGGCCUGAUGGCAGGUUAACUCAUGAUGGUAUUUUGUCACAGGACAGCAAAGCUGACUGAUACAGACUGAGGUCAAGAAAUUCUCAGUAACUGGGCCAGCCAUGCUUAGAGUGCACUGGAUGACACAUGCGGGAUAUAGAAGCAGAAAAACCAGACAUCGCUCCCUGCUUUCAUGGAUUGCAUGUUGUCGAAAGGAGCAUCAGCAAGUAAAUAACAAGAAGAAGAGGACAAUAGUGACUUGGAACUAGUAAUAACCGAAGUAGAGAGGAGAAGGCAAUGGAGAUGAACUGAUGCAUUUGGACUGAAGAGUGGAAAUCUGACCAGACCUUGACCAAAGAUGGCCUGGCUGUGCUGGUUCCUUGGCCAAUGUGCCUCGAGGGCCAGAUGAUCUAGGGUCUCCAGAUGGAAUGGAAAUAGCAGGUGUGCCGCCCUGGGCAUUCACCAGAUGACAGCUCCUUGCUUGGAGGUGGGUACAAGGAGGAGACCCUCUCGACCAGGAGGAACUGCCUUAAUUCCUGGUUUACAGCCAACUCUGCAGUAGGGAUGCCCUCUCUCCCAGGCUGCCAGACAUCAGGUCGUGAAAUGAACUCACGGGAAGCUUUCCAGGCACAGAGGAGCCAGCUGGUGGGGCUGCUCGUGUCAGGGUCCCUGGAAGGCUUUGAAAGCAUCCUGGACUGGCUGCUGUCCUGGGAGGUGCUCUCCUGGGAAGAGUAUGAGGGCCUCCGCCUCCUGGGCCAGCCCCUCUCCCAAGUGGCCAGGCGCCUGCUGGACACGAUUUGGAACAAGGGCAGCUGGGGCUGUCAGAAAUUCUUUGCGGCUGUCCAGCAGGCCCAGGCUGACAGCCAGUCCCCUGAGCAGCAUGAUAGCUGGGACCUCCACUCAGGCCACCCUGCCCGAGACCUGCUGAAUCACCGACCAGCCAUCGUCAGGAAGCUGUACAGCCACGUGGAGGAUGUGCUGGCUGUGGCCAGGGAGCGGGGUUUCAUUAGCCAGUAUGAAUGUGAUGAAAUCAGGUUGCCCAUCUUCACGGCAUCCCAGAGGGCCAGAAGGUUGCUAGAUCUUGCCACAGUGAAAACAAAUGGAUUGGCUGCCUUCCUCCUUCAGCACCUUCAGGAAUCACCAGCCCUGUUGUCCCUGCCUUUUGAGGCUGCUGAAUGCCAAAAAUACAUAUCCAAGCUGAGGGCAACGGUAUCUGCUCAGUCUCGCUCUCUCAGUACCUACGAUGGGGCAGAGACUCUCCGCCUGGAAGACAUUUACACGGAGAACAUCCUGGAGCUCCGAAUGGAGGUGGGCAUGGUUGGUGCCCGGAAGAAGAGCCCUGCCACCCUGGGCCUGGAGGAGCUCUUUAGCACCCAAGGCCACCUCAAUGAAGAUGCUGACACCGUGCUGGUGGUGGGUGAGGCAGGCAGCGGCAAGAGCACACUCCUGCAGCGGCUGCACUUGCUGUGGGCUACUGGGCAGGACUUUCAGGAAUUCCUCUUUGUCUUCCCGUUCAGCUGCCGGCAGCUGCAGUGUGUGGCCAAACCGCUGUCUGUAAGGACACUGCUCUUUGAGCAUUGCUGUUGGCCUGAUGUCGGUCAACAGGUUGUCUUCGAGUUCCUCCUUGACCACCCUGACCGUGUCCUGCUGACCUUUGAUGGCUUUGAUGAGUUCAGGUUCAAGUUCACGGACCAAGAGCGUCACUGUUCUCCAACUGACCCUACAUCAGUCCAGACUCUGCUUUUCAACCUUCUUCAGGGCAACUUACUGAAGAAUGCCCGAAAGGUGUUAACCAGCCGUCCGGAUGCUGUGUCCGCCUGUCUCAGGAAGUACGUGCGCACAGAGUGUCACCUCCGGGGCUUCUCAGAGGAGGGCAUUGAGCUGUACCUGAGGAAGUGCCAUCAGGACCCCGAUGUAGCAGACCACCUCAUCCAGCUGCUCCGAGCGACCUCUGUCCUGCAUGGUUUGUGCCACCUUCCUGUCUUCUCUUGGAUGGUGUCCAAAUGCCACCAGGAACUAUUGCUGCAGAAUGAGGGGUCUCCCAAAACCACCACGGAUAUGUAUCUCCUGAUCCUGCAGCAUUUUCUGCUGCAUGCCUCCCCUCCAGAUGCCAUCUCCCAUGGCCUGGGACCUGGCCUCCUUCAGGGCAAGCUGCCCUCACUCCUGCACCUCGGCCACCUGGCCUUCUGGGGCUUGGGCAGUUGCUGCUAUGUGUUCUCAGCCCAGCAGCUCCAGAUGGCACAGGUUGAUGCUGAGGACAUUUCUCUUGGCUUCCUGGUGCGUGCCCAAGGUGUGGUGCCAGGGAGUGCGGCGACCCUGGAGUUCUUGCACAUUACUUUUCAGUGCUUUUUUGCUGCGUUCUACCUCGUGCUCUGCGCUGAUGUGCCAACAGCCUCGCUCAGACACCUCUUCAAGUGUCACAGGGCAAGCAGCUCCCAGCUGACCAGGCUGCUACCCGCACUGUGUGUCCAGAGCCCCAGGACCAAAGAGGGCAGUGUGACGGCUUUGCUCCAGAAGGCUGAGCCACACAACCUUCAGAUCACUGCAGCCUUCCUAGCAGGGCUGUUGUCCCGGGAGCACCUGGACCUGCUAGCUGAGUGCCAGGUGUCCGAGAAGGCCCUGCUCCGGCGCCAGACCUGUGCCCGCUGGUGUCUGGCCCGCAGCCUCCGCAAGCACUUCCAUUGCAUCCCUCCGGCCGUGCCAGUUUGCGUGAUAACAAUAUCUCAGACCGCGGUAUCUGCAAGCUCAUUGAACAUGCUCUGCACUAUGGGCAGCUGCAGAAACUGGCGUGAGUCAGGCUGGGCUGUGGACACUGGGACUUUGUACCCUAGUCUUGCUCCAGGUCGAGCUUCCUGGGCAGCUAUGAGUGAGAGAUGGGUCAGGGCAGGGGAGUUGCAUGACUGGAGGGUACAGGGUGACCCCUGCCUGGAGGGAAUGGGCAAGCCUGGAUUUGAGGAUUCACUGGCCAUGCACCUUGUCCCCAUGUGUCCUCUCUCUCACAACACAACAGUCUGUUCAACAACAAAUUGACUGACGGCUGCACACACUCCAUGGCCAAGCUCCUUGAGUGCAAGCAGAACUUCUUGGCGUUGAGGUGAGCCCUGGUUUUCCUUGUGCCCUGGAAACUAAUUUUCCCAAAGCCGAAUCAGUGUAGUCCUGUUUCUACCCUGGCCUGGCCCCUAGUGAGCUUGUGACCUCUGUCAUAGGACACCCAGAGCUGGGUUUCUCCAGUGCUGUGGCCUCUUCUGGGCCUGCGCUGCUGGGGGCUUCCUGCCCUCUGGACCUUUAACCCUCAGGGUGAACAAGUUUCCAGGCUCUUUGCUUUCCCUGUGUCUCUACGUGUCACAAGUUCUCUGGCAGUACUGGUUCUGUGGUACACAUUGAGUGCAUUGGGAGAUGCACACACAGUCACUUGUCACCACAGUGGGCAGCCAUUGACCAAAAUGCUCCCAGAGGCUUUUCACCAUUUGGAGAAGGCGAGGUGUGCCUCUAUCCAGGAGGCCUGCUGUUCUGCUGCUGGAGAGUCUCUCUCCUAUGAGAUGCCAUUGAAAUGCCCCUCCAGUUGGCCCCUGGCUUGGCUUGGCCUUCUCUUUAGCCUGGUCUUGUCUCCUUAAUGAAUUGCGGCCAAAAAUUCUUUUCACUUGCCGGGAUGGAUGUGGGGAUGGGAGCUGCCAUUUAAUAACUUGGCCAUGAAGCUUAGUCUCUGCCAGGGCUGCCUAGGCCAGGCCAUAGCCACUGGGGAGAAUUUGUGCAAGAUUCUGUUCUGCUAUUGUCACCACCCACCCCAUCCACCCAGGGAGGAGUGUGGGUGGCACAGGAUUCUGGGAUCUGUGGCCAGUACACUGUCAUCAUUUGAAAGCAGGGGCUCUGGAACUAGUCAGCCCAUGAUGUGUGAAUCUAGGAACCCCAAGAUUUGAAACCUCAACGGUUGUGUGACCUUGGGUCAGUUUUGUGUCUCUGUGUCUCUCUUUCCCCUCCUGUAAAAUGAGAGUAAUGGUUAUAGCCAUCUCAGAGGUGGUUUGCUGGGGAAGUGAGUUAAUAUAUGUAAAGCACUGGUGCAGUACAGUAAGUGCUUUAUAUAGCAAGCUCAAUGAAAGCUCGUGGGUAAAUUAUGUAAGCUCACAGAUUGUCUAUCCUUAUGCUAAAGCCUCCAAGAAGGGAUUAGAUGUGCAACAGAUUUAUUGGAGAAAAUGCCUCCAAGUUUGAAUGAAGAGAGAGCUUGAGGAGGCUGGGACAUGUGACCCUGCCUGAAAGAGAGAGGGAGAGAAGGAAGAAAGGAAGGAAGCUUGGGAGGCAGGUGAAUGUCUGUGGAACUCUGGGGCACCCUCAGCCCAGUCUACCUUGCAGGGGGGUCUCCCCAGUUUCAUUCACUAGCUAGGAGCAGCCUGUGAGAAGCUGGUUGUGGGGUUGGACUUCAGAGCACAGCAGCCUGAAGGAAUAACUCAGAGAGCUGAGGUUGGAGGUCUGAGAAACACAAUCUCAUGGCACCAACCCCUUCUCUAAGGGGAUAAUAACACCUGCCUCGUAAGGUUGUCAUGAGCCAGAGUGGCCUGGAGCUCUUUGACAGAUGAAAACACACAUGUUUAUUCCAGGAAGCUGGGAGUUGUGGAUGAGAGUUCCAGGAGCUUCUUGGACUCUCCCAGAGGGGUCUAGAUUUGGCUGCAGCUGGAGCCUUCCUUGCUGGGACCCCUUGUUCCCUUUCUCCUGCAGCAGCCCUCUUAAGGUUGGCAGGGUGCUCCCAGGAGGAUAGCUCAGGACCCUUGUUCAGCCAACUGGCCUGGUCCUGCACAACCACCUCAGACUGAACAGGUAGAUGCUUGGUGCAGUAGGUAGAUGCUCCCUAUGGCUACAGAGGAUCUGGAUUUGGGAAAUCCACAGGGGCACCUUUCCUCUGGACUGAGGCUGGCUGAGACCAAGAGAGAAGGUUCGUGACAGUGGAGAAACCACCUUCCUGAUCCCCUGGGGAAAACACCUUUCAGGAAACUGCCUGCUGUGCUUCCUGCCCAAACCUGUCACACUGCUUUGCAAAACACAUGUUCCUGUUCCCUCUUGCUAGAGAACAAAGUCGAGGUUGUUGCAGCUACUGAGCAAGGUCAGCUCAGCAGCCCUGCUGGCUGCACCUGCGUGGGACAGGCCUGCAGAGCCAGAGAGAGAAGGGGCUCUCCCUUCCCAGGGCACUGAGAGGCCUGUCCCCUGCCCUCAGCUGUGCUUUCAGCCUCCUCUGUCCUCCCUUCCAGGCUUGGGAACAACCACAUCACUGCCGCAGGUGCACAGGUGCUUGCCCAGGGCCUGCGAAGCAAUGCUUCCCUGCAG